AUGGGGCGCACCGCUCCCCGCCACUCACGCUACCUGACAGAGCAUGGAGUUGAACCCAAGAUCAGCAUAAAAGACCUGAUCGAUACCCCGACGAACGGCGCCAACUGCAGUUCGGUGACACUCGACGCCGCUCGCUCGGCGCUGUCUCCGCCCCUCGUUCGCACUAAAGGCAAAGUGGAUACGAAAUGGACCUCCUUGGACUACCAAAAACAAUUCAGGAGGAAGGAGUGCGUGAGGUAUAGUUAUCGGGAAAGUGUCACUCGCACAGUUAUUGAAAGUGUAUUAUACGUGCCAGUCCCCGAAAAGCCUGGGAUGUGUUACUGCGGCCUACGAGAAAGACAACACGUCAAUCCACUCUCUGGCAUUCACCCGGUUCACUCCCGGAGAUUUUCGGUGUGGGAGCCCUUCGCGAUUUUGGACCUCCAUUACCUCAAGGUGCCAACGCGAGGGUCACAAGAUGCCUGGCACCAUGAAAAGGACAUUAAGGAGUUCCCGACUGAUGCUUAUGGAUCUCUGUUCUUCAGGCAGGAUCCAAAGGGAUUCUUCAAAGUGGCCCACUACAUCAGGCUCUCCGACGACACACGAAUCUGGAGGAGCAACGAGGAUCCUCCUUCCGCGGACAACGACAAUCCGGAGGUCCUACAGCUGUUUGUACAUGUCUGGAACUUGUUGGAACCCGAGCCACCGAGACUCGUCAUCUCUUUCACUGGAGACGAAAAGAAGUUUAGUCUCGAAGGGGCAAAGAAGAAGACAUUUAUGGCCGGGCUGAUGAAGACUGUAGAAUCAACGAAUUCUUGGCUGUUGACCGAUGGAAGUGACUCUGGUCUAGCGAAGGUGGUGGGGCAGACAGUGAGCCAGAUGCAGACUAUAACUGAGAUGCCCCAGAUUAAAUGCAUCGGGGUAACUUCCUAUACUUCCUGCAAAAACAAGGACAGUAUGCUGAACACAAAUGUGAAGAACAGAAACAAAAAACAUUUCGACCACACUCACUUCCUCUUGGUAGACAACGGGCUUCACUCUCCCGCCUUCGCUUCGGUUGACACCUUCCGGACGCGUCUCGAAGAAGCCCUACACAUACCGAGUCCCAGAGGCUUGGAAGUCCCUGUGAUCAUGCUGCUUCUCGACGGCGGGGUCAGGGCGAUCGACAGGUGCUUGAAGGCCCUGAAGAGGCGUGUUCCUGUGUUGGUGGUGCAGGGCUCUGGCGGGGCGGCGGAUCUCCUGGCUGAUUCCACAGAGGGUUAUUUACCAUCGAGUCGGAACUGCGAUGAGGAAGAAGAGGUGCUUCAGAUUAUUUUCUCUAAGGUGCCAAUGUACAUAUACGAUUUAGACGAGAAACAGCGCAUGGAAUGUGCCAAAAAAGUCCUGGAAUGUUGCAAGGUAGAAAAUAGAAUAACAAUCUACAACAUAGACACCGACUCAAGCCUAGACAAAUCCAUUCUCACUGCACUCAGAACAGGGAAAGCCAACCCUGCGGACGAGUUGAGGUUAGCCUUGGAGUGGGAUCGCGUUGACGUGGCCGAAAGUUGCCUGAACGCAGAGAUCGGCAACUUGAGUGAAGUCAUGAGACUGGCGCUGCUGGAGGAAAAGGUCGAUUUUGUCGAUCUUUUAAUCACGUGGGGAUUUGUGAUGUCGAGUUUCCUGACGGUGGUGGAACUGAGGAGCCUUUAUAACCUCACGAGAUAUAAGAAACCAAAAGCACACAUUCGGGAACUCCUGGGACACGGGAGCGACGACAAACCACUGAAGUUAAACGACGUCCACAAAUUUCUGAAGCAGGUCGUCAGCUCCCACUCGCACCGCUACUACCGAGACGCGAACAGCCUCUUCAACUUUUGUUCGACGAUUAACAAAAUUACGUUUGAGGACCCAUACCUCGAACUGCUGAUCUGGGCCAUCCUAACCCGGAGGAACAACCUGGCCAAGUACUUGUGGGACACUUGUAAUUUCCCUCUAAACACCGCUAUUGUGGCCACGUGUAUCUAUCAAGGAGUCAGGGACAAAGUUACCGAUAGUGCUGUCAGAGCGGAGUGCAAAACUAUGAAGGAUCAUUUCGAAACCAUAGCUAUAAAAUUGACUGACCUGAGCUAUGACAAGAACGUCACCAACUCCGUCAGCCUGAUCCACCAGAGGUACAUGAGGUGGGGCGGCCUCAGCACCCUCGACCUGGCCGUCGUGGCGCGAGACAUGAGCUUCAUCUCUUCCCCGUGCGCAAGGGCGGGGCAGGACAUGCGCUGGAAAAGCAUACGCGUGUAUGUAUUGGAACGCGCCUUCUGGAGCUCGCAGCUUAUUUCUGUUUUUAGAAUCAAGCCUUUUUUAGUUUGUUCUGACUAG